CCAACCAAAAUCCAAAAUCCAAAAACCAAAACCCUUCUCAAAUUUCUUUCUCUCUUUCUCAACUUCAACUUCAAGUUCAAGUUCAAGUUCAACAACAAGAAAGAAACAAAGAAACAAAGAAAGAAAGAAAGAAAGUCCUUUUUUUAUAUUGUUGAUUUCCAGGGAGAAAGAGGAGGAGGAUGAUGAUGAUGAUGAUGAGAAGGAGAAGGAGACUUUCAUGUUGCAGUGGAGAAAGAGAAAUUAGCAUGGACUUUGAUGAGCAUGAGAUUAAUGGAAAUGAGAGAGUUAUGACUUAUGAUGGCCUUGAAAAUUCCAUUCGCAUCAAUCAAACAUAUGAAAAUGAAACUGACUCAUUGGACGAUGAUGGUGAUGAUGAGUUGAGUUGUUCUUCCACCAAAGAUGUUUUUGGAUCAUUCCCUCCCAAAUGGGAGAUGUCAUCAGAGAGCCCCAGUCAUAUCUCUCUCAAAGAGAAGAGUCUUUCUUUUUCCAUUGAUUCCUCAGAGGUGGAUGCCAUGAGAGAAAGAUUUGCAAAUCUCUUAUUGGGUGAAGACAUCACAGGAGGGUGCAAGGGCCUCACCUCAGCUUUAGCUUUGUCUAAUGCUAUCACAAAUCUAGCAGCAAGAGUGUUUGGAGAGUUGUGGAAAUUGGAACCUCUGCCAGAUGAAAGGAAGAGCGUGUGGAGAAAGGAAAUGGACUGGUUGCUCUCUCCUACCAAAUAUAUGGUUGAGUUAGUUCCAGCUAAACAAAAUGGUGCCAAUGGUCGGAUGCUAGAGAUAAUGACCCCCAAAGCCCGUGCAGAUAUCCACAUGAAUCUCCCAGCACUUCAAAAGUUAGACUCCAUGCUUAUUGAGGCUCUUGAUUCAAUGGUGAGUACUGAGUUCUGGUACGCCGAAGGCGGUAGCAGGGCAGAAGGAAGGAGCAAAAAUGCACCAAAGGGCAGCAAACGAUGGUGGCUCCCCAUGCCCCAAGUGCCAGACUCCGGCCUUUCUGAUUCGGCAAGGAAGAAGUUGAUUAAGCAGGGAGGGGUGGUUCAUCAAGUAUUCAAAGCAGCAAGAUCGAUCAAUCAAAGUGUUUUGUUUGAAAUGCCUGUGCCCACCAUUAUAGGGGUUGCACUUCCCAAGUCAGGAAAGGCAAGCCUAAGCGAGGGUCUUUACAAGGUCUUGACAGCAGAAUCAAGAUCAGCAGAGGAAAUGCUCAAGUCCCUCAAUUUGAAAUCUGAACACAGCGCCCUCGAUGUGAUCAACAGGUUGGAAGCUGCUGUGUUUUCGUGGAAUGAGAGAAUUCGAGAACAAGGAAGUGGCGAUUCCCCUGUACGAGCAUCAUGGUCGACCUUCAUAAAAGAUCCCAUGUCUGAGCUUGAUAGGAUGGAAUUACUAUUGGACCGAGCAGAAGCUCUUAUACAGCAGCUCAAGACCAAAUACCCCAACCUACCCCAAACAUUUCUUGAUGCUACAAAAAUCCAGUAUGGCAAGGAUAUUGGACAUUCAAUCCUGGAAGCAUAUUCCCGAGUUCUUGGAAACUUGGCAUUCAGCAUACUUUGUAGAAUUGGAGAUGUUAUGAGGGAAGAUGCUGCAAGCAAUCCCAGCGCAGCAACAUGUUGCUUUGCUGGGGUAUUACUCAAUGUCACUAACAACUACUCAUCAGUAAGAUUUGAUGGUGUAGAUGGCACUCCACAUUCUACUUCUACUUCUACUCCAUCAACAGUCACUAGUGCUACUAGUAAUAGCAGUAGAAGUAGUAGCAGUAGUAUCAGUAUCAGUAGUGGUACCUGUGAUUCAGAAUAUAAUUCCUACUGUGAUGCAAAACCAAGCCCAUCUGUGAGCUCCACGCCUAGUCGACGCCGAGUGUGGUGCAUUGGUAGAGAAGCUUGUGUCAGUGUAUCCCCUCCAAAUUCUCCUUGAUCAUUUGAUCUGGUUUUGAGUUACAAUAUAUAAUAGCAAUAUAUGUUGUUUGUAUAUGUGAGAUCUUAUAUUUAUAUAUUACUCAUAUGUAUGUUGAUUACGUAAAAUGUAAAUAAAGAAUUUUGGUACGUGCUUGAUUCAUGCACGUCGUUUUCUCUUAA